AUGGUGCCCUCGUGGGUCAUUUCUUACCAUGGCACCGAUACUUCUUAUGGCUAUUUGAACAAGCUCUUCAAAACGAAUGUUCAUACGAGGGCUCUGUACCGUAGAUACUGGGACUGGACACAAGAUGCCGUUGACGAGGCCUCACUCUUAGGCUCGCCGAUUUUCGACCCUGAAUAUGGGUUUGGAGGCAACGGCGAUUACAUAGAGGACAUUAGUGGUUUUCCGGACGAAUGGGUAACAGACAUAGAUAUACCUGGCAGGUCAGGAGGCGCACCGACGGAGGGUCUCGCCCUUGGCGUUCUGGGGGUGUCAGUCCACGGUGGUGGACACCUAGGUAUCGGGGGCAUGCUUGGCGACAUGGCGAACACUUGGUCCUCGACGGUCGACCCGAUCUUCUGGGUUCAUCAUUGUGCCAUCGAUCGUCUAUGGGAUAUCUGGCAGCGAAAAGACUGGGAAUCCAGGAGAUCGGAUAUAGGGGGUCCUGAUACACAGUGGGCAUACCCGUACAACUAUUUUGGCGAAAAGCCUUAUACGAACGUCACCCUGGACUUCGCAAUGAAUUUUGGCGACAUAGGAGGGAUGGUGAAUAUUCGCGAAGUUAUGGACGUACAGGAUAGCCCAUUCUGUCUUGAAUACUCGUAA